GUGACGGCAAUGAGUCAGUGGCGUGCGUGGUCUGACCGGGAUCUACGCUUGCCCAGCUUAUCGCUCUAUCGUAAUUGUAUUGUAUCUGGCGUUAUCACGGGACCCGCUCCUACUCCGCAUCCAGUAUCAAUCAUCUCACCCUCCCAACAGCCACCGCGCCGCCUGAUCUCCCAACACUUUCUGUUUAUACUGUUGUUCUGUAAAGUUAUAUCGCACAAUUCGACAUUCCUCCAGUCGCCGUGUUUCUGUUUGCGGCUGGAGAGAGCUGGACUGACCACUGCCCUCUUCCCCAUCCAUCUCUCCGACUCCUCUCACUGAGCUUAUCGCUAUCGUGCCCGAAACCAGCCAUCACCAGCCAUCACCAGCAUGGCCUUUCGUCUGCCCACGCAGGCGCCCCCGCGUCGCCAGGCGUCCUAUUCAACGCCAGAACGCCCCUCGCUCAAGAUCCAGCCGCCAGAGCAAUCUCACGCCGAUGUUGUUGAUGACGACGCCAAAGAAUGGGUCUUGUUCUCCCCCUCCCAGGCCGCUUCCACUGCCCGCACCCGCUCUGAUUCCACCGAACGCACUGCUCGCACAGCUGGUCUGUCGCGACUGAGUGACUUUGGAUCGUUCAAUGCUGUAACUACGAACCAGGGCACAGACGAUAACGCUUCUUCGGAAGACGUCCUCGAUGACGAAGAAGAGGAAGAGGAGGAAGAUGCUACAGAGUUGGAUAGCCUCGAUGAAGGACUCCGCGAUUUCCGCGAAUCCAACCUGCCAGAUAAAAGUAAUCCAGUGCUGCCCACACACGACGGUCUAGGAUCAUUCCAUGCAUCCGGACAGUUGGCUCAGGAUCGCUUAUGGCAGUUCGAGCAGUAUAACCCGCACCGCCAAGCAGAUGCUACUCAUACACGGCGUUCUAGCGUCCAGAAACAUCUCGAAACUGUGGAUGAGCAAGAGUCGAAGGCUGAUCGAGAGCGAUGGCAGCGUAUUGAAAAAUGGAGGACGGAGCAGAGCAGGAUACUGUUGCAAGAAAUCGAGCGGGAGACCAAACGUCGCCAGCGUCGUAAUAGUCGUGGUACAUCAUCCCACAUGACGGAAACGCUGGAUAGUAUUUCAGAAACCAACCAGGCUGAUUUAUCGACGUCGUCGUCGACGGAUACUUCGGUUCAGGGUGAUUCGCCGGAAGAAUCGUUCUGGAAGCGUAUUACUCGCAAGGUCAUCCGUGAUUUGAUUGGCAUAAAUGACUCUAUUCUCUCUGUGAUUCUUGGCGAGUCGCUGGUAGAGGAUGCUGAUUUGACUCAAUUUGCAGAGAGCAAGGGACAGGCAAAUGCUCAUGGCAUUGAAGAUGCGAUCAGAGAUGUUCCCAUCACGUCAUCAAGCGAUGAUAACAUGUGGCAGGAGAAACUCAUCCAGCGAAUUGCCCGCGAAUUAGGCAUUCUGGUCAACCAGAUCUGGGAACAUCCAGGAGCAUUUAGCACAUAUCUCCGUGUAGAAAACCCCUCUGACUUCUACGCGGGCAUUCCCGUUAAACCAUCGGAAUCAACAUCACAGUCUACAAGAUCUCUACAGACCCAACCAGACGAAAGCAAUAUACUAUCUACAACAUCCCCUCACUUUACCCCAACAUUAAAGGACCCCGUCACAGCUGAGCACGCCGCACAAUGGGGAAUCGAGGAUGAUGAGAUCGGUGCAAACCACAGCAGAGGCCCACAUGAGCCGCUCUCCGACUCGGCAUAUUUGAACCAGGAAUACGCAUACUGGGAACGCGACCUGGACAUAGCAAUGGUCUUCAGAUAUCUUAAGAACCGAUUCCGCAAAACCGACACUGGAAACAACACCACCACCCGAUCCAUGCACAGAGAGCAGCAGGACGCAUCCAGCCGCGCGGCGGUGAUCCGUCAACACCACCCACUGGUUGCUCGUGCACAUGCGCGGUCUCAAGCGCGCCAGUCUUCGCUCCGUACCCAGUUCCAUGCAGCGGGCAUCCCAACGCCGGCAUCCCCAAUCUCUCGCCAUCGCUUCCGUCGACCCAGUUCGAGCUGUGCCAGCCAGAGCACCAGGGUCUCCGCAAAGCGACUAGGCAGUGGCUCGAGUCGCCAUUACUGGGAUAUCGGCGGCAGUGUUGGCAGCGGCAGCGCAGCUGUCUCUGUCGGCGGACCUACCGGCGUUGGAACGUGGGGAGAAGCAUAAUAAUAUUAAUACGUGUCGUCGCACAGUGGACAAAGUUGCAUACCAAUAUACCAAUCACAACUGGAGUGGCGUUUAUAUAUUAUACAGCAAGGGGUUUGGGAGAGACGAGAUAUAUGAGAAACUGAUAGAUGUUAUGAUUGCCUAUUUUUUAUUUAUUCUGGAAUUGCGUUGCUUUGCUUGUUUUCGUUUGCGGGCUUUUCUGAUGGGAAUGUUUGUUGAAUGGUUGCUCUGCAUGUAUACACCCAGAACAUCUCAUGUAUGCCCACACGGGCUGGAUAUUUAUCAAUAGCUAAUGGUCUUUGCUCAUGGUAUUAAGGAGGAUACUGCAUGGCUGGUAUUAAGGAGAAUAUAUUCCA